AUGGCUGCCAGCAAGCGCGUGACCAACGCUAAGAGCGGCAAGUUCCACCAGCUUGUGCACAAGCGUGGCCAGGUCGAGGUCGAGAAGAAGGAGAAGAGCUCCGUCAACUCGAUCAUGCUGGGCUUCUUCCUGUUCGUGGUGGUUGGCUCUGCCCUCCUCCAGAUCAUCCGGACCGCCACCACCGGCCCCGGUCUCUUCUAG